AUGUUUCAACGGCUAAGGGUCCCUUGGAAGCAACCUAUCAAUGGAGUAAAAGAAGUGGGCGUACAGCUUCAAUCUAUCCCACCAAAUGCAUCGGAUACCGAUUUACUCAGUCACAGUAUCAAGAAUCAGGAUGGCUUCCAAGUUCCACCGCAGUUGCGAGAAAGCUCCCUCGCAAUCCACAUUGGGAUUCCUUGGAGACUGGCUUUUGGAAGCUGCUGGAAUUGUUGUCUCUGCCCUGAUCAUCAUUGCUAUUAUCAUCAUCUUAAAAAAAAGUACGAUGGUCAUGAGCAGCCGAUCUGGAAUCAUGUCUCGCUCAAUUCUGUGAUUUCAUGGCUGAGUACGAUCGCCAAAGCGUGUGCAUUAUACACUAUCAGUCAAGGACUUGGCCAAGCAAAAUGGAUUUGGUUUGCAAAACGCAGCAGACCCUUAUCCGAUCUCGACACCUUUGAUUCGGCAAGCAGAGGAGUUGUUGGAAGCGCUGCCCUGAUGUGGCUAGUCAAAGGGCGAAAUUUGGCCUUUCUCGGCGGCCUGGCCACAACUCUAGCCCUAAACUUGGUGCGCUAUGUCUCCCACAAUGUUGUAGACCAUUCCCAGGUUGCAUCGAUUGCAAGCACAUCAGGAUAUGCCGGACUCGGACGACUGUUGAGUGGCUCCACUUACACUGUGCAUCCCGCUGUCAAGACAAACGUCUAUAGCAGCUUGGUUGAUCCUUCGAACACCGAUCAGCCUUGGACCAUCCCUCAAUAUACUUGCCCGACCGGAAACUGUACCUAG